AUGCUACUGAGUACAGCAGUCAUUGGAGUUAAAGAUCAUCAUGGUAAACUAUUACCAAUAAAGGCUCUUAUAGAUGGAGGAUCUCAAACUAGCUUGAUCACCGAAGAAUGCGCCUCCAAACUAAAUCUAAAAAGAUAUUCUAACAAUGUAAACCUCAUUGGAGUAGCUGAAACAUCCGUUCCCCUCAAUAAAGGAUUAGUUCAUUGCGUUAUCAGUCCACUCGAAAAUACCAGCAUUGUUCUAACAACAGAUGCAAUUGUUGUCCCUAAAAUAUCGUCAGACCAACCGAACAUCCCCAUUGACUCAUCAAUACGCUCAAAGCUUCAUCAUUUAAAACUCGCAGACCCAUCAUUUGACGUAUCAUCCCCAAUUGAAUUCCUGAUAGGAGCGGACUUGUAUUUUGACAUCCUUCAGGAGUCAAGCAACCUAAUUAAAGGAGAACCGUCUGCGAUAGCUACUAUAUUUGGUUGGGUAAUAGGAGGCAAAGUUAUCAACGAAAUUCCAUUGAAUGACUGGUCCUCAAUGUUGAUUUGUAACAACACUCUUGAUGCUCAUCUAACCAAAUUCUGGGAGAUAGAAUCUGUCAACAAUGUAGUAAGACCCAAUCCUGAAGAUGAAGCCACAGAAGAAAGCUUUAUAAAAACUCACAGAAGAGACACUAAUGGAAGAUACAUUGUGUCCCUCCCAACUAAGCCUGAAGCUCCAUCACUCCCUCAAAGUAGCGCUCAAAGACAGCUAGUGACUCUAGAGCAAAGACUAAAACGCAAUCAAGAGACGUAUGAAGAAUAUAGAAGCUUCAUGGACGACUAUAUAUCUCAGGGACAUAUGAGUCUUUGUUUAGAACCAUCCAACUACAUAAUUCCUCACCAUUGUGUUCGCAAAGAGGACAGUUCUACAACUAAACUAAGGACAGUAUGCAACGCUUCAUUCAAACCUAGUGGAUCUAGUUCGUCCCUAAACGAUAUAUUGUACAGUGGUCCAAAACUACAGAAGGAUAUCGCAGAGAUAAUAACCAAUUUCCGAUUGCAUUCUAUCGUCGUUUGUGCAGAUAUCAAACAAAUGUACAGAAACGUGCUAGUAACAGAAGAACAUCGCAAACUCCAGCACAUAUACUAUAGAACUCAUCGAGAUGGUCCCAUAGAAGAAUACGAACUCAACGUCUUAACAUAUGGCGUAACAUCAAGUGCAUUUUUAGCUCAAAGAGUUUUGCUACAGCUAGUACAAGACGAAGGCCAGAAGUAUCCCCUAGCAUCUAAAGCCAUUAUAAACCAAACUUUUGUAGAUGACAUCUGCGUCAGUGUUGACACUAUUAACGAAGCUCUAACCUUGCAACAAGAACUUAUAGACCUACUGAACCUAGGAGGAUUUUCGUUGCGCAAAUGGGCUAGCAACUGUAAGGACGUACUAGACACCGUGCCUUUAGAUCAUCGAGAAAAGCCUCUAAGCAUCAGUUCAGAAAAUGAAAACUAUAUGAAAGUUUUAGGUUUGCAGUAUAACCCGGAUGACGAUACAUUCUCGUACAUAAUUCAUCUCAACCCCCUAGUGUACACAAAACGCUCAAUGUUAAGUGAGAUGUCCAAAAUCUACGACAUUUUAGGUUGGAUUACUCCGUGCACAUUCUAUGUGAAAAAUCUUAUGCAAAGCAUUUGGUUGCUAGGAUUAGGAUGGGAUGACGAACUUCCUACUGAGAUCUGUAAUAAAUGGGAAACAUUCAUCUCUACUCUUCCAGAACUGGCUCACCUAAAGAUUCCGAGACACAUACCCAUUGUUAAUGCCACUAACAUUCAGAUCAUAGGAUUCUGCGAUGCAUCAGCGAAGGGAUAUGCCGCCAAUUUGUAUUUACGUACAGAACAUACAGAUGGAGUUAAUAUACAUCUCCUCAAAGCAAAGAGUAAAGUCGCUCCUUUAAAGAUCAUUAGCAUUCCACGCCUCGAACUCUGUGCAGCACAACUUCUCGCCCACUUCAUCCUCAAGAUACGCUGCUGUUUACCGACUCCUCUGUAG